AUAUGUAUACAUGGAAUCCACACCCCAAUUCAAAAUCCCUUUAACUAGAUGUCUAUUUGUUUAUGUUUAGACUCUGUUGCUUCCUGCUUUCUCCUCCAUUCAACAAAACCAAAGUUCAAACUCUUAUCAGCCUCAGUUUAUUAAAGCAAACCAUGUUGAUUUGAUCUUCAGAUCAAUCCAACCAUACUCUAUCUCGAGUUUCAACUUCAUGCGAAGUACUAAUAUGGUUUUGUUUUAUGCAAAGUUUUAAAAAAAGGACUGUCACCUCAAUUUCGGUCGCAACAUCAAGUAUUUGGAGUCUCUGCAACCACAAUUGCGACCGCAUUUACAUGCAGAUUUUCAUCACAUCAAGGAUUGCGGAAAAACAGCAAAAGCAACAGCAACCGCAAUUUAAAAACUUUGAUUUUAUGGUUUCACCUUGUAACGACGCACCCCAUGAAGCUUAUCCAUGCUUCAAGUUCUUGAAAUUAUGAACCCCCUUUGGUGAUGCUUUUUGAUGGAGUACUUGAAGGAAGUGGAAGGAAAAAGUGUGCAUGAUUAUAUUGAGGUAAACAUGGGAAAAAUGAGAAGGUCUAUAGUGGUGGCAGGACCAGUGAUAGUUGGUGGUGGUCCAUCAGGGCUUGCUGCAGCAGCAUGUCUUAAACAGAAAGGCAUUCCAAGCCUAAUACUUGAAAGAGCUGAUUGCAUAGCUUCAAUGUGGCAGCUCAAGACUUAUGAUCGCCUAUGCCUUCAUCUCCCUAAGCAAUUCUGCCAACUUCCUCUAAUGCCAUUCCCCCAAAACUUUCCCUCUUAUCCAACCAAACAACAAUUCUUGGCCUACUUGAAGGCCUAUGCUCACCAUUUUGACAUAAAACCAGCUUUAAGCAAGACUGUGGUAAGUGCCAAAUUUGAUCAUAGAUGUGCCUGUUGGAGGGUGAAGACUCAAGGUUUCAAAAAGGAGGAGACAGAAUAUGUUACUCAGUGGCUCAUAGUAGCUACUGGAGAGAAUGCUGAGGAGAUUGUGCCCCAAAUUGAAGGAAUGACUGAGUUUGAAGGGCCUAUCUUACACACUAGCUCAUAUAAGAGUGGUAGCAUGUUUUGUGGGAAGAAUGUUUUGGUGGUUGGAUGUGGAAAUUCAGGCAUGGAGGUUUGUUUAGAUCUUUGCAACCAUAAUGCUCGUCCAUCCCUUGUGGUCAGAGAUACGGUGCAUAUCUUGCCCCAGCAGAUGUUUGGGAAAUCAACUUUUGGUUUAUCUAUGAGCUUGCUCAAAUGGUUCCCCAUACGUAUCGUGGAUAAAUUUUUACUUCUAAUGUCACAUCUCAUUCUGGGAGACACAGCUCAAUUUGGACUUAAUCGUCCCAAAAUUGGACCUCUAGAGUUUAAGAACUUGUACGGCAAGACCCCAGUUUUGGAUGUUGGGACACUUGCUCACAUAAAAGGUGGAAAAAUUAAGGUGUGCCGCGGAAUUAAACAACUAGCAAAGCAUAAAGUGGAGUUCGUAGAUGGAAAAACAGAGAAUUUCGAUGUCAUCAUUCUGGCAACUGGUUACAAAAGCAAUGUACCCACUUGGUUGAAGGACAGUGACAUGUUUUGUGAGAAGGAUGGAUUGCCCCGGAAAGCUUUCUCAAAUGGAUGGAAAGGUGAAAAUGGCCUCUAUGCCGUGGGUUUCACUAAACGUGGCCUGCUUGGUCUAUCUAUUGAUGCAAACAGGAUUGCUGAAGAUAUUCAACAUCGCUGGAAAGCUGUUAACAGCCCGCGUGUGUAGGAGUUGAUGGACUUUAGGAUAUAUAAAGGAAUAUUACCGAGUGGAUCAACUACUUUAAAUACUCAAAAAAAAAAAAAAACACUGUUUGUUCGUAUUAAAUCGAUCCAACUCGAUUAAAAUUGUCUCAGAUAGUUAGACAAAGAAUGAUAUCCAACGUAAUGUCUUGUGCAUGGGAUGCAUGUUUCAUUCAAAUAUUACACCUACUAUUCUUAAUCUACAUGUUAUUCUUACUUUAAAAAAUUACGUAAAUUUGUUUUACGUUUUUUGUGUCAACUACACGAUAUUCUUAAAAACAACAAAGCAAAGAACAUGCAAGAGAAUCUAGUGUAAUUUUAAAUUAAGGAGGGUCUAGAUG